AUGCCUCCUGUAGUCUCAGCCUUGCAACAAAGGGGCCAGAAGCUUUACCAGAAGGGGGACUUCAAAGGCGCGAUCGCGGCCUUUGACGAGGCAUUGAGGCAGCCCAAUGUGGAUGUAAUUGGUGUCCUGGACAAUCGUUCUGCUACUUUUUGCAAGCUGGAACAGUAUGACCAAGCACGUCGCGAUGCAAAACAAAUGAUCAAAAAGGCUAAAGAUGAUGAGCGAGGAUACCUACGAUGUGCCAAGGUACUUCUCCUCGAGGGAAAGCCAGAAAAGGCCCAGGAGAUUUAUGCUUAUGGCUUGAAAAUGCUCCCGAGUGAGCAUCCGCGACGGGAGAUGCUGCAGCAAUUGCAUAAGAAAUUAGAGGACCGCAUGCUCCUCAAUCGUCGAGACCCGUUCACCAUGCUACCACUCGAAAUUGCGGUGCUGGUGGUUCAGCAAUUUUCCUUCAAACAGAUUGCCGGAAUUUUACGUGUUUGCAAAGAUUGGGAGCGGUUUUUCGGCUCCAUGACCAACCUGUGGAUGCAUAUCGACCUCACUGGAGCCCGUGGGAAAGUGUCAUGGACGGCAGUCAGGUCAUACAUUCGGCGCUCAAAGGCAAUGCUUACCCAUGCCACUAUCAAAAACCUAGCCACAACUUCGACACCCAAAACCUUGGAAUUCCUGAGCCGUUGCCCACGCCUUGAACAUCUUGAGCUCUGGGCGUCCCAUGAUUGCAAGGACUUCUACCAGAAAUUCAAAGGCAGCAAGAGGUUAAAGAGCCUCAUCCUCUCCGCAGACUUGCCUGUCUCCCAUGACUACUUAGGCAGGCUUUUAGUUGCUCUGCCAAAUCUCGAGCGCAUCGCGCUGUGGAAUGUCAAAAGCUCAAAUAUGGAGUUCUACAACUCUGGACAGUGGCCCAAGUCCCUUCCAAACCUGAAAAGCAUUACGCUGGCCUCAAGACAAAACGUGGCCCAACCAACAACACAGCAUAUGCCUGUACUAUCUGUGCCGGCGCUUAUGGAAAAUAGCGAAUCACCUGUAUACCCGAAUUUGGAAGAAUUACGCCUUGACUUCGAUCCAGCAGUUCAUAGCAUAUACACCUUCCCCGAUGGUCCUGACCGUCAUAUCCCACCGCUCCGUCGGCUAGAACUACGCGGGAAAACGAUCGAGCAGGACUUCUGCGCCAUUCUCCCGAGCAGCAUCGAACACAUCCAUGUUCAAGGCGGAUCAGCCCGGCGGCCUACAUACCUGGAGCUGCGAGAAGGGACGCUUCCGAACCUGCACACACUAAUAUUCAUCGAUACGGGGUUCAUCACGAACCAAACCCUCCCGGUCUUUCUCAACGACGCCCAAGCUCCGAUCCGGACACUGUUUCUCAACGAAUGUUUUAACCUAACCAUCUAUGAUCUCGUCGCCAUGGUCGAAAGCCAGGAGGUGCCAAACCCCGAGCUGGAGAAGAUGGCGGAGCUUAGCCUUACCCACAUGCGCGGCGUGGACGAUGCCGGUGCACGGCGUCUCUAUACGUUGUUUCUAGAUCUGAAAGUGCUCAACCUGUCCUACACACAGAUCACGGGUGUGACUAUCCGUCUUUUCGCUGAUGCGCGGGCCUCUGACUCUCGCGACGGUGCUAAACUCGACCGGCUAUUUGUCCGAGGCUGUGAAAGCGUCUCCUCGGAUGCUGUGGCUUAUGGGCGAGAGAGGGGACUGGAAGUGAUUACCUGA